UGGCAGCAUUGUGCUGAAGAAUAGAUAAAAAAAUUAAAAACACCAAGGGAGUAAAUGAUAGGUUACGUUAGAUUUACUACUAUUUAUCGUUAAACGAGAAGUGUACAAAUGAAAGCGAAUACGGAAUUGUUUUAAUUUGUAUAUGAAAAAGAAAAUAAUACAAAUAAGAAAUUUAUAAUUGAAAAAUAUGAGCAUAAUUUCAUCACCUACCGGAAGAUUGAUGGUGCAGCCAACAAUUUGUUUUCAACAGAAAUGAUUCAGUGGUGAAUUGAAAUGAUAAAACUCAGCAUCAAAAACAGUAAAUGGAUGAGACGAUACAGAACAUUCUUCAUCAUCGGAAUUCUGAUUUUAUCCUUCCAAAUUUUCUUAGCAGCUAAAUUCAUAUCGACAAGCAAAAGCAAUGAACCUGAAGAAAACAAGUGGUUACCAUUAAGUUCUGGUCAUGAAGUUUAUACAGAACUAGAAUUUAAUUCUGCAAGGUCUAAAUCAGAAAAUAACGACGAGGAGGUUAGUUCAGUGGUACAAAAAAACAAAAGUAAAAGUAAGGUUAAUCAAACUCACCUGUUACGAUACGAGGAAUUGGAUUUUGUACCCCUUUGUCAAAUUACUACAAAAGAAGCUGUUUCGGCAAUAAAUCGAGCAAAGACUCAGUACUGCAAGCAACUCAUAUCAAAUAUGACGUGCCUUUCUAUAGAAAAUAGGCUUUACCCCAAGGAGUUGAGAGGCUCUUGUCCUUCUGAUGGUAUGAUUUCUGGAAAAGAAUUGGGAUGUUUCAAAGAUGAAAAGAAUUUCAGGUUGCUCAGUGGUUAUUUUGGUGUGAAUAAAAGAGAAAAUUCUCCAAAAUAUUGCAUUGAUCUAUGUCUACAAUCAGGAUUUCCUUAUGCAGGGGUACAAUAUUCGAAUGAGUGUUUCUGUGGAGUUGAUGAACCACCACUGAGUUCAAAAAUUCCUGACUCCUCUUGUAAUUUGAAAUGUCCAGGCGACCAGCAUUCCACCUGUGGGGGUUACUACAAAAUCAAUGUUUAUCAAACAGGUAUCAGAAGGUUUGUUCCUCAAGCUGCAAAUAUUUUAUCAACAAAUGUUACAAGAGAGUCUGCCAAAAUUGUGUUUCUCCUAACCCUGAAUGGAAGAGCACUAAGACAAGUGAAAAGGCUGUUGAAAAUAUUAUACCAUAUAGAUCAUUAUUAUUAUAUACACGUAGAUAUUAGGCAAGAUUACCUGUUUAGGGAACUGUUGAGUUUAGAGAAACAAUUGCCUAAUGUUCGCCUUACACGAAAAAGAUUUGCAACCAUUUGGGGUGGUGCUUCACUUCUCAGAAUGCUUAGAUACUGUAUGUGGGAGAUACUCAACAUAAAGGAAUGGAAAUGGGAUUUUGUACUCAAUCUUAGUGAGUCAGAUUUUCCAGUAAAAACCGUUGCACAGUUAACACAGUUUUUAACUUUGAACAAAAAUCGAAAUUUUGUUAAAUCUCAUGGAAGGGAAGUACAAAGAUUCAUUCAAAAACAAGGUUUAGAUAAGACUUUUGUCGAGUGUGAAACAAGAAUGUGGAGAAUUGGAGACCGAGUUUUACCUUCUGGCAUACAACUAGAUGGUGGAAGCGACUGGAUUGCUUUGUCUAGAAGAUUUGUCGAAUAUGUUGCUAACCCUGCACCAGAUGAUCUGAUAUCUGGAUUAUUGAAAAUUUUCAACUACACCCUUCUUCCUGCCGAAUCAUUCUUUCACACCGCACUUAGAAAUUCCAAAUUCUGCGAUUCCUACAUCGAUAAUAAUCUGCAUGUCACUAAUUGGAAACGAAAACUGGGCUGCAAGUGUCAGUACAAGCAUGUUGUGGACUGGUGUGGAUGUAGUCCCAACGAUUUCAGGCCGGAAGAUUGGCCUCGGAUUCAGAACACUCUUUCAAGACAAAUAUUUUUCGCAAGGAAGUUCGAGCCAACUAUAAAUCAGGAAGUUAUAUUACAGCUAGAACUUUGGUUAUAUGGUUUGGACAAACCUCCUAAACAUGUUCAAAACUUAUAUGGAUACUGGCAGAAUGUUUAUCACCAUCAGGAUUUAGGAAUUACACCUGACGAUGGUUUGCUAACAGUAGGAAAUAGUAUUAAAAGACGAGUAUCGAAAAUGUUCUCCAAACUUGAUAAAUCUUGUGAUAUAAAAAUUGGAAAACUAUUUCAAGUGAAUACCUAUCACUUCAACGAUACCUAUAAUUUCAACGUAUUCACUUACAACACCUCAGAGAUGUAUCAGCUAGAGAUAGCCGUUCGACCUAUAAGUCACAUAUCUGUUGUAAAGAAAACUCCAUUGAAUGAUCACCUGGAAGUGUUCUUAGUCAGUAGUGAUUAUGACCAAAAGGAACAACUUUCGAGGAACUUUAUGCGAAUUUUGUCGCCAUAUUCGGAACCUGUGCUCAUCUAUAACUUUUUUUUUGUAAACCAAGCCCAGAAAGUAUAUAACAUGACUUGUCUUUGGAUCAGUCCAUCAGGUGAUCUUAAUGAUGUUACUGAGUAUACAAUUGAUGAAACCUCUUCAAUUGGACAUGUCAAGCCAAAUUUGAAGCAACCUAUAUCACCUGGCAUAUGGGAAGUCAAGGUGAUACACAAGGAUAUUUUGAUAAUGGAAACAAAAUUCCUCAUAACCCCGUUGGAGUUUUAUUCCGGUUCUCUCUUCAGGGAACGGCAGAUCAACUUGGCGAAUAAUGGCUCAAUACUAGUUAAAAAAUUUAAGGGCCCUUUUGAAAAAUUCCUUUCAGUCAAUUCCAAGAAAAGACAAUUGGAAGUUUCGAGCAUAUCUGAUUCAAAAAAUAGGGAACACUUUUUGACAGAAUGGAUUGAUAAACUCCAAUCUAAGUUUUUCCAGAUGGAAAAGAUGUGUGCGGUGGUAUCUGCUUCUGUUGAUAUUUGUGGUGAGACUAUUAGUGCUUGUGUGAAAACUAACUGGAGUUCCUUUGCUCCUGAUCCAAAGAGUGCCAUAGGAACCAAUUUUAAGUCCACAGGGAAUUUUAACAUUUGGUAAUGUGCUUCAUGGAUAUGCAGAAGAAUAGAAUCAAGGCAAAGCGUUUAGGAAGUUUGUAAUAAUGACCAUUCAGUCAUCUGUUUUACUUAUUCAUUUUGAAUAUCGUAUAUUUGAGUGAAUGGUCUCUCAACAUGUUGUGAAUAUGAGUGGUUGGCUCAAGUGUUUCUCUGUUUCUUAUUCUAUAAAACCAUGACAGAUGUCGCCUAACGUGAUAUGUGAUAAAUUUGGUGCUCAAUAUGUUCUUAAAAAUCUAUUGUUGACUGAUUAGAACUAUGGAGUUACGUUCAUUGCACAUUCUUUUAUUUUUGAUACCUCAUGAUCUCGUUUAAUUUAGUAACUAUAUAACUUUCAAUAUCUAGUGAUGUCACCAAGAUAAACACAUUUACAUGCUCCACUAUCAAUAAUAUGUUCACAUAAUGUAAUUUAAAUAAAAGAUGUAUAUUUGGGAAA